AUGAUGGAUGACGAGAAUAACCGCAAGAUAACUCCGGAAAAGGGAAGCCAAGCUGAAAUAAAGCAAAGGGAAAAGGCGAAAAAGGGAAAAACGGCUGAAGAAAGCGAGGUAACAAAAAAUGAGAAAGAAACCCCUGCCAUCAAGGAAAAACGAACCCCGCGAGGAGGAGUAAAAACAAACACUACUAAGCGCAAGAAAAUGCCGAUACAAGAAGCUGAGGAAAGCGUUGAAUUACAUGAUUCUCUAGAUAAAGAAGGAAAGGCUUGCGAAAAAGAAGAGAUAGAACGAUUAAAUAAGGAACUAUAUCAAGAAAGACGAAGGAAGGAAGACCUGGUGAGGGAGCGCAUAAGGUUGGAAAAGCAAAAUGAGAAGCUUGUAAUCAAGAACAAUCAUCUGAAAGGAAAACAAGCGGAGAGCAAUACACAAAGAGGAAAAUAUCUUCCGGAGAGGGCAUUAGCGGCUGAAGGACAUCGCAAAUACCAGCAAGGAAACAAGGGACGAGGGGAACAAAAUGAACGAGAAGACCUAAAAAGAGUCGUAGAGAAUAACAGGAGGGAAUUCAGAGAAAAAGAGUAUCUAAUGCAGCAAUCGACGAAAGGCCGGUGGGAAAAUGAACAAUAUCCCGGUGACAAAGAGGGCAACCGGAUUGCAGCCAGAAAUGAUGAACAAAUAUGCAAAAAACGAAUCAUGCAGGCCAGAAAUAGCGACAUUGUUCUCGUUAAAGCAAAGGGAGAAUGA